UCUGAAACGGGAAUUUCACGAAAGUAGAUGGGGCCAUUUUGGCCUGGGAGGAAGAAGGAAUUACUGUUUUCAAAAUGUGGGGAAAAAACAGAAAUAGCUGAGAAUCAGAAAAUAAAAAUGGAACGUCUCCCUAAUUUCCACCCGGUUGAUCAGUCGGAGCCAACUCAACAUCAGGUUGUUACGGCAACCGGGGAGAGUUCAUGUCUGUAUGGGAAUGAACACCAUGGCAAUGAACUUCAAAUUGGAAUUGGGGGCUCUGAUGGUCCAGAUCUGGAGUUUGCAGAGUAUGAAAGCUUUCCUGCAAAAAAACCCAGUCUUGCCAAAGCCUUAUCAGGCAAGGCUAUUAGAGACAUCAUCAGACCUGCCAAGUUCAAGGCACCUGAAAUAGAUGUGAGCAGUGGUAUUGUGUCCCAAACCCUGAACAUAGAGCAUGUCAGUCUCCAUGGCAACAAGAAGAAGCAAAACGUCAAAGAUGCUCCAGAAGAGCUUGGAUCCAACACAACUGAGAACUUGAACAUCCAGCUGAGACAAGAAGCUUGGCUUGAUGCCAUUAUCCGCAAUGGCAAGGCCAACAAGGGAGGUAAUCAUCGUGGAGUCCGGAUGGAAAGUUAUAUCCCCGACAAUUUCAAACAGUUUGGUUUGUACGAGGACAAUUUUGAUGACUUCAGCCACCUCGACUCUCGAUACUAUGAUGAAUACAUGAACGGGUUUGUUGUCAUGGGAACAAGGAAAGCAGUGACUGGGCUGCUGAAUGCGAAAGACUUGAAUAUCGGAACACACGGUGUGAUCAUUGACAUGAGUCUGCCACCAUCUUACGAUGGUCUGUUUGAGGAGGGGAAGUGUGAUCAGUUCCAGGUGACUCGACAUCUUGGCAACGGGUCGUUCGGUAGCGUGUCUCUCUGUCGCCAUUAUAGAGGACAGGAGUAUGUCAUGAAAGUGAUCAAGGACAGAUUCAAGAAAAAUGAAGUGGAAGUCUUGAUGCAGCUGUCUCAUCCCAGCAUCACCGCUUGCCGUGGUUACAUCAUCCGGGAUGGCGUUCAUGAGAUCAUGAUGGAGUAUGGAGGCGAGUCGUUGAAAGUGUUUAUGGAUCACCACAAGACAACAUACAAGCAGUUCCUGACGGAUGACGUGGUUACCUCCCUUGCUCUGCAGGGUUUCUCGACUGGACUACAUGAACACCACGUUCGGUAUCCUACAUCUGGACAUCAAACCUGAGAAUGUUUGCAUCAAGUUGGACCCAGUCACCCUGAAGCUGACAGACUUUGGGACGAGCAAGACUCCCCAGCAACUGGUUACGUUUGAUGGCUGGACCCCAGAGUACAUGAGUCCCGAAGCCGUGUGGGCUCGUGCUGACUUCCAAAAUGCCCAACGUCCCGAAGAAUUUUCGCCUGGAACUGUCGGGCAAGGCUGACGUCUUCUCCUUUGCUCUGACCGUCUGCUUCAUGCUGACAGGAAACCACACAGUAGCAGCUCUGUGGCCGCCAGGCUUCACGAUGGAUAAACUCCCAGAGUGGAGAGGACAGUACAUUCAACAUUUGGCCCUUAACUCCAGCUUUAUCCAGAAACUGGCAGUCAAGGAUGAGUGGCCCAAAGAGAUGCGUGACCUCUUGACAGCGGCCUUGGAAGGAAACCAUGUUAACCGAUUUAGUGCCAAAGAGGCAUGCACCUUCUUGAAGAACCAGUCCAUCCCUCAGCCCGUGAACAUUCCCUGCAUGUUGAACCCUGGGUCUCCGAGCGCCAACCUGCCGACAUCGGAGUCGCUGUACGAGCAGCCCCUUUCACCCCUCGACGUCAGCCUGUCACAUGGAGGAGGGGGCAAGGACAUCAAGAACCAGCUUCGCCGCAAAAUCCGGCUCAAGUCAGCCAAGCCGUACCAGCGCCAGCCUGGCGAAGAGGCUCUCCCCCGAAACCAGACAUGGAGAAGAUGUCAGACGGGCUUCCCGUGUUUCAUAUUCUGCUGUAACAUGGGAGAAAGAAGUUCUGUACCAUUCCUUAUCACAGGGAUGUAAACAAAAUGUGUAAACAAAACUGUAAACAACUGUUGUGGACAUGCAGCCGUCUCAGUAUGGAAUGGUCCGUUAGCUGAAUCUAGGCUGGUCCAGGUCUCAUUAUCCAUGGACCAGAGGAGCUGACCAUGGACCCCGACCAAGUCAACAAUGUGUUGACUGGAGUAGAUACUGAAAUGGCUGCUUGUCUAUGAGACACAUAUCACUCACACAUCAGACACAACAACAACCUACACACAGAGACGUGAAGGCACACAUGUGGCAUCUAUAGACGCAUGCACAGACACACAUGGGAACACACACUGAAACACACAUGCAUGUGCACAUCACAUACUUACAAAAACACAUACAUUCCAUGCAGUUACACCUCCACUUGUUCAGUCACACAUCCACACACACACCAUUUUAAAGUGCUUUUUAUAAAAGUCUUAGUUGACCAAGUCAAGAUUUUAUUAGUGCUUCAUAUCAAUAUAUUUUUAAUGAUCAUUUUUUUCCAUUGGAAGUAAAGCAUCAUCUGACGAGAUUCAUGUAAUAUUUUCUAAUAAAUGUUGAUAUUUUGGUGAAAUUUGUUUGAAGACAUCGUGACGAGAAUUGUAAAAUAUGAGCCAGGCUCAAUGAAGUUUUGAUUGUGUCAUUAUUUGGAUUAACACUUAAGAUCAUGUAAAUCGCAGGAUAUCAAUGUUAACAGUUUGAAAUGAUCAUGUUUUGUACAUCUGUAACCCUAUCUGUGUUUCUGUCUUUUUCCCCUCUUGUAUUUCAUUUCUUGUUUUUUGUUUCUGGAGCAACUGUCUCAUGCAUUCACAGUCAACAAGGCAGAAAACAACUCUUGGCCUAUUUAUUGUUAUAUUUAAAGGCCAAGUUUAGAAUAAUAUUGUGAGUUUUAAGUCACUUUCAAAAACAUUCUGCUGUUGGAAUCGGUACAAAUUAAAGAAAUAACCGAAAAAAGGGUAUUGACCGCGCCAUGGACACUUUUAUUCCUUGGUUAAAGAACAAAUGCAAAUUCCAAGCUUAAGGGAAUGUUAAAAAAAAUAAUAUUUUUACUUUUAUUAUAAAGUAAAUAUUUUUCAAAGUGUGAUAGUAUUUUUAAAAACAGUAGAAAUGGCAUAAGAAAAAAUAAAAAAGAUAUUGAAAGUAUUGAAACAACAGAUAAAGAAAACAAAACAUUUCUCCCCAAAAAGAAAAACAAUUCAUAAAAUGAAUUCAAAAUGUUCAGUAAUGGUAAAAGCAUUAAAAAAAUAGAUAACUGAUUUGGCACUAUCAUGUGCAUGUGUAGUUGGCAGAAACUGUGUUGGUGAACAGCCUUGUUGUGUGAGAGUGUGAGACAACUGCCUCCUAUCCUACUUACUGUCCUCAUGUAACCGGCAGCAUGUUGAGAAAUGUACAGGGAAGGAGAUUUCCUGGACUGUUUGGGAAUGUUAGUCACAAGAAAUCAUCAUUGAGAGUUGCAAAGAAGAGAGCAAUUCCUAACCAUUGUUUUAACAUUUGUAAAAAAGAAACCCAUCUUGUUGAACAAAGUUUUAUAAAGGGUCUGUUACCCAUUUAGGGAGCAGUUCAAAGGUUCUGUUUCAAAUAAAACUUACGUCCUUGACUUGUGAGACAUCUCACUGACAAUAACAGUUACUGUUUAAAAAGUUUACAUGCUCAAAAUAUUUGUUUAAAACAAGGGAAGCCCACUUUGCUAAGUUUAACCUACAGGUAAAAAUCUUGAGCAUAGAUGUUGUUCACUCGCAAGGUUAACAUAAAGUUGACCGUUAAUUUCAUUGUAUUCAAAUCUGAUAAGCCUCCACAUUCUAGGUAUUAAAAGAACUAUGUAUUUGAUAUUAAACAUAUGAACUGCUCCCUGCGUUGUUUCUCAUUACAAGCUGAUAUUUUGAUCAUGAUUAUAUAGAGACAAGGACAGACUGUUGCCUUUCUUGUAGCUUGUGUUAUAUAGGCAUGUUUUGUGUUAUAUAGGCAUGUUUUGUAGUUUAGGUUAUUGUUUAAGGAAUUGUGUUUUGGCAGUGUAACACUAUUAUGGAAUUAUAACAGUGUUAUGGAAUUGACCAUUGAUUUGAUGUUUGUUGAAAGGCUUGUAUGUGAGAUAUUCUGCCCAGUUAAAGCCUGGUAUAUCAAACUGUAAUCAAAACCAAGGCAAUAUAAGUAAUAGUUACCAAACCUGUUAAAUUUGAGUUUUUUAAAAAUGAAAAGUAAACAUGCCUUUGUUACAAUUUUGUACAAGUAUCUCACUAUGUUUUUCAUGGUCAUUUCGUUCCAUGCAUAAUAUUUCAGCUAAUCAGUAUGUCCUUAUUACAUCUUUUUGUGCUUACAAGUACAUGUAGAUGAACUGUUCAUUCUGAUGCAGUAGCAGUCGUCAAAGUCUUGCAGAGUUGUUUCCUUCCUUGACCGAAUCCACUUCGCCCCUCUCAAACCCAAUGUUACAACAGGGACAGUAAACAUCUUCCCUCAAGCAUUAAGAUUUUUAGUGAAAUACUGAUAAAGUGUGGGGAAACAGUCCUACAGUUAGCUCUGAAAAUCACUAAUUCUGUGUUAAAGACCUGCUCCAUCACAUGCUGCAUGUACAGGUUUCAAAUGUUUAUCUCUUAACUAACUCAAUUGGGAUAGGGUUUGUAAUAUGCCAGCCUCAGAAUGACUGUUCUCCUACAUCUUCUGUAGAUCUAUCUAUCCGUAGUUAAUGUUGUUUGUACUGUAAAUCUAUGCUUGUUAAGUUGUCAAUAAAUUGAUUUUGCCAGUCCUCUUUGGAACUUGUUUGAAGAUGAACUUUCUCAGACAAUAUAUUAGGCAUGUGAUGAAAUUGUUAAAUUCUUUCCAACUGCAGACAGAUUUGUUGUAAAAUUCAGUAUUAAAGAAAAAAUGUACUCAGUGCCCUUGACUCACAUUGUCUGAAUACUGUAAUUGUUCUGUGUAUCUGUUUGAAAAAAAAAAAAAACCAUUAAGAAAUGUAUCCCGUUUUGAGUACUUGUUGAAGAAAAAGAAAACAUUAGGAAAGUUUUACUGUUUUGUAUCUCUGUUUGAGAAAAUAUGAAAACAUUCGGAAAUUUAUGCUGUUUAGUGCAUGUUUGAAGAAAAAACUAGACAUUACAAAAUUUAUCAUGUUUUGUGUAUCUGAAAAAAAGAAAACCUACUAUUGUUGUUGUUUUGUUUUUUUUAAUUAAAAAAUGCCUUGCUGCUUCAAAUAAACUUGCUUCUUGC